UAUUGUACCGCAAAUUAUUAUUAUUGCAGGUACUAUGAAACCGGAUCCAUCAGGCCCAGGGCGAUCGGUGGUAGUAAACCGCGGGUAGCUACGGCGGAAGUCGUCAGCAAGAUUUCUCUUUACAAAAGCGAGUGCCCGUCGAUAUUCGCGUGGGAGAUCAGAGACCGUCUACUCCAAGAGGGCGUCUGCACCAACGAUAACAUACCCAGUGUGUCGUCUAUCAAUAGGGUGCUGAGAAAUCUGGCGGCGCAGAAAGAACAACGGCAGCAGCAACAGCAACAGCAGCAAGGGGUGACUGCCGUCGGCGUCGGGGUCGGUGCCGGUAGUCCGGCGGAGAGCGUUUACGACAAACUGAGGCUACUCAACGGCCAAACCACUGGCUGGCCCAGGCCUAAUCCAUG